AUUUUGAAAACUGACGUGCAUUACCGAAGCGAUAUCCAAACAAAUUGAGCACUGUCGAGAAUGAAUCACAGCUGUCGGCAAGUGUUCAGAUGUGCAGUGUGUGGAAAGAACGGAUUCAGGCUCGUCCUGGAGCAAGUAUCUGUAGUCAUCAUGACUUUCUGAGUGCUUACACCAUGAAAGAAAUGAGUCCUGCAACUGAAAGGCUCAUGCUUGUGAAGCCAUUACCACAUAUUCAGGCUUGCUUUUAUCAACCUGGACAAGGAGGCAUUAAACCAUCGAUGAAGAACUGCAAGGACUGUUGGAGCAUCAAGAUUAAUGGCCAUCCACUGAAUCCAAAUGCGAAGGAGUUCAUUCCCCGACGGGAUCUGAACAUGGGCAAUGUCCAGAGACGCUUGAUCCUCAGCGGUUUCGGAGUUCCGAUUGAGUGGUUUGCAGAGGGCACAUGUGGUACACGCCCAGCAAAGACGCCACGUUACUCGCAUAGUGCAGAGAAGCCUUUCAUGUCCCGUGCCUGUGGGAACUCCAGAGAGGUCAGCGGGGGGCCGCCGCCGGACGGUGUGCCACAUGACAGCACCCCACAGAGGGUCACGGCCGUCACAGAGCGCGACGGUGAAGCCAGUCAGUCUCAAAGUGUCGUGUCUGGGCGGUCUAACAUGUCGGAAACGCCCGGGGAGCCGGCGCAGAGCCAGAAAGCAGCGAAGUGUGCUAACAUCAUCACCUCACGUCACGUCUGUGCAGGGACUCUGUGUGGUGAGACGGUGGGCACAAAGCGGGACGUGGCCGGUCGCCAGUGCGUGGUUCCGGUCGUGUCGCCGCCUCUUAUGACGCCAUGCGGCCUUUCAGUCUGUCCGCCGGCGGACGAUUCGUUUUCUGCUGGCUGUGCUCCUUCACCUCCGACACACGCCUCCGACUCGGACUCGUCGCAGCACCCAGCGGCGAGUCAUUCAUGUAGUGGGCCAGUGAACGCGCGACCGGACGCUGAAGUGAAUCGCCUCAGUGAGUUUUCUCCCGCGAUUAACGGUGAAAGUACUCCGCGUAGUGUGGCGUCGCCCACCGCGUCGUCUCCCGAUGCCAGUGUCGACCCGGCGAACGCACGCCCCCACGGCUCGCCAGUCCGGUGUCGUGCCGAGCGCCCGAGUCCGAAGACCAUCGCCGUGUCGGAGCGGGUCGACGCCGCGGUCUCCCGCCCGGCCGCCGGCCGCGAGCCCUCUUCGCCGCUCAGCCCCGAGUCGGAGGCGUGUGUCCCCCGGCGGCGACGCUCAUCGUCGACCCCUUCCGCCGACGACUCGCAGAGUGGCGCGCGCUGGCGGCAGCGUUCGUCGUCGACGCAGUCCAGUCGCGAAUCGGAGUACGGCGACGACUCGGACUGGUCCACUGAGGACGACUCGGCGGCGGACGCCGGCGAGGACGACGCGUCCUCCGUCGCGCUGCUGCCGUGCAGCUCGGUGGACUCGGUCGACGACUUCAUCUGCUUCGCCUGGGACGCCGCGUCGCCAGCCGGCUUGGUUCCCAGCGCCUCGGCUGAGUCCGCCGACGACUUCAUCUGCUUCUCCCGUGACGACGCUUCCUCCUCCAACGGCUGCGCAUCGGAGGACAGCGACCGGCCAGCGUUGGCCGCCAGUGUCUCCCAGCCACCCGUGUUGGCGGCGGUGGGUUCGGACCAGGUCGACUCGGGCAUCUCGCCCGGGGCCGACGCCAGCGAAGACGAGGCCGGACUGUGGGCCGACGGCAGCUUCAGCGACGAUGAGGGCGCCUCUGACGAAGGAUGCGAGUUCGACGUCGACCUCUGGCGCAAACUCUCCGUGUCGCCGAUGAGUCUAAACUACCAGCGGACGCCGGCGCCGGCGGUGCCCGACCUCUGCGACGCGUGCCCGCGCGCGCCGUCCCACGUCUGCCCCACCCACCAGCGCAUCGCCGAGGCCAACCGCAAGCUGCGACUGGCGCCGGCCGCGCCCCCCGCCGGCCCCCGCACCAGCAGGGUGCGCUUCAGAUCCGGCGAGGCGAUGGCCGAGGUGCACGCGGCGCCCGAGUACGACCGCGCCAUCGGCAGCGACCUGCUCGACCUGCAGCGCCAGCGCGACCGGCUGCGUCGCUGGCGCCAGCACGUGGAGCGCGCCGUUGCGCCGGCGCUGUCCGCCGUGCUCAGCGAGCAGCACCGGGCGCGCGUGCUGCGCCAGCGGCCCGAGCUGCUGCGGAGCUGACGGCCGUGAGCGGAAGGAGGGCGAAGCAGACCUCGCUGAGCUGAGCUUUAAUCACCCCGUCAGCAAUGGAGGCUUUAUAGUUGCGCCACAUGGUUUGUAGCGGGAUGUAUCUUCGUUACGGCGUUCAAUUGACGCCGGCGGUUAACGGUGUCUUUUUCCUGUUUCGUACGUGCGAUCAUGGUUUCUUCAGUGGGAGAGUCCAUGGUGAGGAAAAUUGUUAGCUGAUGCAAGUCUCUGAUAUUUACAGGCCCUCAGGCCAUGCUGCUAUUCUAAAUAUGCUCCGACUACGACAUACUAUGACCUUUCGUUUCCUUGCGUUUCUGUUCUGUAUCAUUGUUUCUUGCGCGACUGAAGUACAAUGUGGUAAGCAGCACUUAAUUCGACGGGGGCGUGGCAAUUAGCAAAGCUGUAGUGCCAGGAGACAUCCUCUUCGAACCAAGUUCGUUCCCAUGCAUCACGGUGAAGCCAGCGCUAAUUAUCUGAUCAGGUGCGAAAGCGGGCCGCGGCCCUGAGUCCACCGGGUCCUGGCGUCGCUGUUAGUCUGUGGUAAAUGCAAGUCAGAACUGGAAUCUGAGACAUGCUGAUCGAGCACGCAGCUGUCGCCGCAUGACACCAAGGCGGUACGACCUGAGGCCCGCCGUCGCGUCUUUCAAGAGGUGCUCGUGUGCGGGAACGACCGGGGUUAUGGGUAGCUGCUGUCCGACUAUGAUGCGCUGGCGUGUGAAUAAUGUUAACACGUUAGUCCAUCCUUGAUAACCAGGGCACUAGAUAGCGGUGGUCAGCCCCUCCGAAUUGUCCAGAUAUGUCGGUGUCAUUGAAGCGCACACGAUUGGCGAUAGCGAUCGUGGCGAUUGCAUUUCAUGGCGAUCGCGAUUUUACUGUGCCGUGUGAUGUGAUGCAAAGAGAACCGUAAAUUGCGAUCGUGCUUUGUGAGCGACUAGAUUGUAUUCAAUUAAAUACAUUUGC